AUGAUGGUGCGCGCCAACAUGAUGGGGCUGCCUGCCGACUACUGCAGUAGCGAUGCGGCCGCCGACAAGGAGGAGUGCUCGGCCUGCGCGACGGUCGAUCGCACGGAUCUGAGGCUGGCGCUGAGGUCCGUCUGGAGCCUCGGGACCCGAGGCGGCGUCGUCGUCUCCGCGAACGCUUCGACGGGACGCUUCGGCGUGCGCGCCCGCCAACUUGGAGCCAGCGGCCGAGGCGGUGGAAGCGCAGAGCCGAGCGCGCCGCCGCCAGAGCCGAGCGCGCCGCCGCCAGAGCCGAGCGCGCCGCCGCCAGAGCCGAGCGCGCCAGAGCCAGAGCCGAGCGAGGCGCCGCCAACCGGAGGCGCCGUCAAGACGCCGUUCACGCCGUAG